AUGCUGCUCCCUUCCGCCCUCCCAUGCGACGUGCGCCGGUCGUCUCGCUUCACUCCCAGUCGCCUCUUCUCGACACCUCCUCCUUCAAACCGGGGCUACCCAUCUGGAAAUGGUCUUCUCGGCACCUGCCGUGCACUCCAGUCUCUCUUGAACGGUUCCCCAGCGCCAUCACCACGCCGUACACCCAAACCCCAACGCCUCCAGAGUCCUCUACCCAUCACUCAACCGCGUCGCUCGCCGCGCGCGCGCAAAGUCGCGCGGCCUGCUUCACCACGCCCGACUCCUCCUCCAGUCCAGAUGGCGACUACCCCUCCCCCACCACCGUCUGCGCCCGCACGCGGCGCGAACAAGCGCCGUCGCACAGAGUGGGACGAUGAAGACAGCGACGCAGACUUUGGGCGCCCCAUUUCGACGCCAAAGCGCCGUCGCCAUAUCCCCUACGAACUCCCACUCGGACUCUCCUCGACAGACUUCUAUUCUCUACACUCUCCGCCCAUCACACAAUCUCCUCCUUCUCCUGCGCGCCGGGCAAUGCCUCAGGUGCAAGAACCGGUCGCGCGCAUCGAUCCUGAUGCGGUCCUUCCUUCUAUCGAAGAGCCAGAUGAGCCAUCUGAGACUGCUUCCGAGGAGUGGACCGCGGACGAGGAUCAGCGCUUGAUUGAGGUGGUUCUGGAAAAGUUCCGCCUCUCUCAGCAAGAAUGGGAUGAGUGCGCGCGCCAGGUGGGCCGCCGAAAUGGUGCGGACAUCGGGCGCCGAUGGCUCUCCCUUGUGGGAGAGGGACGCGUCGGUCUGCGACGCCGACAAUAA